AUGGACGCGGAUGCGGGCGGCGUGGUGGAGCUCUACUCCAUCAACGGCAGCUCCAAGGUGGAGCGUGAGUCCGUAGCGCCCCCGCUGGCUCGCGACAUCCGCAGCUACCUGCAGGUGAGCGGCGACCACUUCUCCAUGCUGCUACUCGGCAAGGACGGCAACGUCAAGUCGUGGUACCCGGCGCCCACGUGGUCCAUGGCCGCCGUGUACGAACUCGUCGACUCCAUGCAGCUCAGGCGGCAGGAGAUGGCCAUCCAGCAGUCGCUGGGCAUGCGCUGCCCAGAGGUGGAGUACUCGCCGUACACCUACCAUCAGCACCAGCACCACCAGCAAGAGGACCACCACCACUAGCACCACCACCACCACCACUAGCACCACCAGCAGCAGCUCAGGCGGCAGGAGAUGGCCAUACAGCAGUCGCUGGGCAUGCGCUGCCCAGAGGUGGAGUACUCACCGUACACCUACCAUCAGCACCAGCACCACCAGCAAGAGG